AUGGCAGAGUUGAAGCCGGAGCCAGCGCAUAAUCCCCUUUGGUCGACGAAUUAUGUGACUCGACAAUAUCCGAUGGACUCGAAUCUUUCGCAUCCCUCGACGACACCAUCGCAGCAUGCAGGGCGCCCGCGCAGCAGUCACCCCACCAUCGACCAUCCUUACCCGUAUCCUCGAUACCCGCAGGAGGAGUCGGAUGGAUUUGACAGCAGAUAUUCUCAGCCGUCUUUAACGCAACAUCACAGCUUCCCUAAUCUCAAGAGGCCACACCAACCCGGCGAGCACCCACCAUACCAGGAGAUCGUACAGGACCUGAGGGACGACGGGUCGAAACUUACCGUGAACCACGACCACAAACUACUCUCUUUUAGGAGGGUCCAGGACAAACACACCAUUGUCGAUCAACAUGGCCGAAUGCAACAGCUUGAGCUUUCCGCGCAACUCCAUGGAAUGUUUUUCCUAUCGGAAAUGCCGUCAAGUACGAGCGACGGCGCGAUUUUGCAACCAGAGUUGACUUGCUACAGGAGAAACCUGUUCCAGAUCAGCGGUUCUCUCAUCACGCCACGAGGCCAACUAUCAGUAAUUCUCCCUGAGACGGGUGAGCAAGUCCCAGUGAACAACACCGAAGUUACCAUUUCGGCUAUCGAAUCCGUCGACGGCCACCCAGUGCGACUCAUCGUUAUUCCCUGGAAAACGCCACCACCAAAUUCUCCAGAACUACCACAAACUCCAGAUCAGGAGCCACCAUCACUACCGCUGAUUCCAUUCCCGGAUGAUGGACAGGAAGCGGAUGGCGAAUACGCCGUGUAUCCUAUUGGAUGGCGGCGACUACAGUUUAGGAUAGCAACUGCAAACAACGGAAGGAGAAAAGAACUUCAGCAGCACUUCGUGCUACACCUAAAGGUGGUGGGGACGUUGGCGAAUGGGUCAAAAGUCGUCCUUACAGAAUCCACCACAGCACCCAUUGUGGUCCGAGGGCGAAGCCCACGAAACUUCCAGGCUCGAAAGGAGAUCCCUCUCCUAGGAUCCAGUGCUGGCUCAAGGGGGCAGGCAUUAGUCGAAACAGGACUAGGAAUCGUUGCCGGUCCUUUGAGCGUGAAGCCUCAGGACCCUAAACUACGGGGUUUGAACCUAGAACUGCCGAGGACUGCGUUCACUUUCAACGCUUCGAAGCUCCCCGGCAGCCCGAUGACGAUGAGAUCCAACUCGUACCCUAGUUGGAAUCCUCCUAGCCAGUUGCCCCUGUCCGGAAUGCCAGCUUCGGCUACUGCCAGUUACCCGCCAGCGAGUAUACCAGCCGAUUCGUACCAAAAGAUGCCACUAUCGGGGACGUCGAACUUCACGCAGGAGCCACAGGAGAUGCCCAUGCAAACGUCCAUGCCAUCUAUGCAGUUAUCCCUAGCUGCAACAGAACAGCAACCACCCGCGAUUCGAACGCAGUACGCGUACGUCCAGGGGACUUCGGCCCCGCCGCAGCUCUCGGUGACAACAACAUCCAUCGGUAGCAGCUCAGAUCAUGGCAACUUAAGCGUGCCAAGGUACGUAGAUUCGAAUCCGCGGCCGACUAAGAGCCCGCGCCAUGCAAGCCACCAGUCUGUUCCCAGUACUAGCUCUAUGAGCAAUAAUAACGAUACUUCCGAGUACCGAUAUGGCCCUUCGGGCUAUGUACCAGUUAACAGCAAUUCCAAUGAGCUAAACUCGGCUUCCACAUAUAGUGCCAACAGCGCAAGUGAUGGCGCUUCUGGUGCUGCUAGCGCUGGUGGCGCUCCUUCAUCGGCUGGUGGGCACUCCCAGCAGCAGCAGCAACCGCAAUCGCAACAACCACCACCUCGCGAUUAUUACCCACCCACAACGUCGUGGACAACGGCGGGCGAGCACAGUAGUGCCACCGUUCAUUCGUACCACGGUAGCGGUACCGCAGGUAGCGAUAAUAGCAGACCGUACGCAUUUCCCGGCAAAAGCGACCACCCGCCUGCGCCAGGGAGUUAUGCUUCGACUCUGAACCAUUAUUCGUGGAGCCCGACGUAA